GCUCUGUGCCAAAAUGGGAAAGUCUUGAUUCCCAGCGGUAUUAAGGCUCUGAGUGGAUCUUGUGUGCUAAUUCCAUGUAGAUUUACAUUGGAGUCUAAAUAUGAGUCAUCCCUCACUCGUCCAUGUAAAGGAACAUGGAACAGAGUAAUCGUGAAACCAGUGUUAAUGGCACCCACAAGAGAUGACUUGCUGGAGAAGAACUGCACCACUAUCUUGAACCUUCCUUACCCUUAUCCCCGUUCCUACCUAUCCCAAUCUUUCUUCAACCUUGAAUGUGACAAAAGUCUUCCAUUUAAGUUUCCUGAAAGCAUCAAUAUUGAUGUUAAAGGUACAUUAUUACUAUUUACAACAGUUCUGUGUUUUUAUUUCUGGUGGUUGAGGUUAGUUACUGUGUUCACAUGUUUAUGCAGGUGGUUAAUUAGGUGGAGAAAGAGUGUCUAAUUUCUUGUCACUAAAUUCAGGAAUACUACUUUAGCAAAAAUAACACAUCCUACUGAAUGUUCAUGCAUUAGAAUAAGCCAUUUAUUUGUGCCAUGUCAGUUACAGUAUUAAAUUGAUGUAGCCUAUGUCUGCUUGUGUUAUAAACUAUAUUACAUUUUUAUCUCCUGAAGACUCUCCUCCCCAACCCACUCUAACCCCAGUUACAGUGAUUGUGAAAGAGGGGGAAUCAGUGAUUUUGAUCUGCUCUGCUGCAAGCCCCUGUCCCUUUCUCCCUCCAACUCUGACAUGGACCCCCAGACUGGGUGACAGUGUGAAGAAACAAAACAAAAGAAGGCACCAAACUGAAGUCACGGAAUCUACUCUGACCUUCACUGCAUCAUACCUUCAUCAUGGACAGACAAUGUCCUGCACUGCUCUCUACAAACGACAAGAUGGCAACAGUGAUGUAUCAUCUGAGAAAAGCCUCACAAUCACUGUUCUAUGUAUGUUCAAUUGUUCUUCUGGUUAUAAUGGAAUAAGUUAGGCCAGUUUGUGUUGAUAGUAAAUCAGUAUGUUUUUAUUUCCCCCAGACCCUCCCAGGAACACCUCAGUGUCAGUCCGUCCCUCUGGUUCAGUGGUAGAGGGCAGCUCUGUGACUCUGACCUGCAUCAGCAAUGCCAAUCCAGGAGUAUUGACCUACAACUGGUUUAGAGUUGAUGGAAAACAGUUCACAUCAGCGGGGUCUAGAAGAGUUGUAACUAUCCAGGUGUCUGCAGACAACAGCCAGUUCUACUGUGAGGCCAGCAAUUAUCUUGGGUUGCAGAAGUCUACUGUCAUUCAACUAGGUGUGCCAUGUAAGUAUAAAAAAACAAAAAACUAUAUUGUAGCAUGAACCAGAUUGACCCACUGCUAGCAAUGGGUCAGGGUGAAAUGGAGGCCCCACAAAUAAAUAAUUAAAUAAAAAACAUUUAAUCUAACUUUUUACAGACCCUCCCAGGAACACAUUAGCAUCAGUCAGUCCCUCUAGUUCAGUGGUAGAGGGCAGCUCUGUGAGUCUGACCUGCAGCAGCAAUGCCAACCCAGCAGUGGGGCGCUACAACUGGUACAGAGUCAAUGGAGAACAGGUCACAACAGUGGGGGCUAGAAGAAUGCUAUCUGUCCAGGUACCAGCAGAUGACAGUUAUUUCUACUGUGAAGCCAGCAAUGAUCAUGGAACAGAGAACUCAUCUGUCAUUCAACUAGAUGGGAUGUGUAUGUACAAAAUGAAACCAAAUAUGAUACAUAUUUUAAACUAUAGCCAGCAUCAUAACACACACUAAAUUGAUUCUUGACAUACAAUAUCGGUUGUUUCUUUCCCCCAGACCCUCCCAAGAAGACAUUCGCGUCAGUCAGUCCCUCUGGUUCAAUGGUAGAGGGCAGCUCUGUGACUCUGACCUGCAGAAGCAAUGCCAAUCCAGCAGUGAAGAGCUACACCUGGUACAGAGUUAAUGAAGAUCAGGUGGCACCAGUGAAGGCUACAAGAGUGCUAACUGUCCAGGUGUCGCCAGACAACACCCAGUUCUACUGUGAGGCCAGAAAUGACCUUGGAUUGCAGAAGUCUGCUGUCUUUCAGCUAGGUGUGGCAUGUAAGUAUAAAAUAAAAACAACUACAUGUAUUCUAGCAUGAACCAGAUGCAUCCACUGCUAGCAAUGGGUCAGGGUGAAAUGGUGGCACCCAAUAAGUUCACUCUUUUUUAAACAUUGUCUUUUACUUUUUAUAGAUAAACCCAGGAACACCUCAGUAUCAGUCAGUCCCUCUGGUCUAGUCGUAGAGGGAAGCUCAUUGACUCUGACCUGCAGCAGCAAUGCCAACCCAGCAGUGAAGACCUACAACUGGUACAGAGUCAAUGAGAGCAAGAUGGUCCCGAUGGAGUCUAGAUCUCAGUCUCUGGUUCUGCAGGAUAUCAGUGAGAGUGGACUGUUCUGUUGUGAAGCACAGAAUAGCUAUGGCAAAGAAAUGGCCAACAUCUUUGUGUAUCUGCACCACUGCCCCUCCACACCUACA